GUACUUCUUGUUAGCAUCUCCAUUAGCUUAGCGUAAGAGACGGGUUGCUUGUAGCUAAACAAGAGUUUAUUUGAACACCGACUUUGAUUAUUCAUGACAGUCACUGGAAUCUCAACGCGAUUGGACUGAAAUAAAGAGCUGCACAGCCAUGUGCAGCUGUGUGCGGAGCUCCAGGGCUCUGUCCCCUGCUGCCCUGCUCCCCAGGCUGCUGCACCCUAACACGGGCUACACUAUGAUGGCCGGCAGGGGCCUGCGAACCUCCCCUAGCUGCAUGACAGUGAGCGGAGACACUCACCAGCCGCUGCCACUGCCCGGUCAGGCCCGUGUGGUGAUCUGCGGAGGAGGGAUCGUGGGCACGUCAGUGGCGUAUCACCUGGCCAAGCUGGGCUGGACUGACAUUGUGCUCCUGGAGCAGGGACGACUGGGCGCCGGGACAACCAAACUAUGCGCAGGCAUCGUUAGUGUCGCCAAGCCCAUCUCCAUCGAGUGCCAGAUGGCAAACUACUCCAUUGCUCUGUACCAGCAGCUGGAGCAGCAGACGGGCGUCAAAACAGGCUACGUGAAGACGGGUUCUCUGUGCUUGGCUCAAAACCAGGAUCGCUUCAUCUCGUUGAAGCGCCUUGCAUCAAGGCUCAAGGUGAUGGGGAUCAGCUGUAAUGUGAUCAAACCUAAAGACGUGGUCAAACUCCACCCCAUGGUGAACAUUCACGACCUGGUGGGGGCGCUACAUCUACCCGCGGACGCUGUGGUGUCGCCGCCAGAUGUCAACCACGCGUUGGCCGUGGCAGCAGCCGGACAAGGGGUUCAGAUCCUGGAGAGAACCAGCGUUCAGCAGGUCCUGGUGGAGAAAGGUCACGUGAUGGCCGUGGAGACGGACCGUGGCGCCAUUGAGUGCGAGUAUUUUGUCAACUGUGCUGGACAGUGGGCGUAUGAACUGGGCCAGGCCAGCGAGACCAAAGUCUCGGUCCCUCUGCACGGCUGCGAACACUUCUACCUCCUCACCAAACCUCUCCCGGAGGAGCUCACGGCUGGCACGCCAGUGGUGAUCGACAUGGACGGGAGGAUAUACGUUCGGCCGUGGCAGGGAGGUCUUCUGUCGGGGGGCUUUGAGAAGAACCCCAAACCCAUCUUCACGGAGGGACGCAACCAGCUGGAGAUCCAGAACAUGCAGGAGGACUGGGACCAUUUUGAGCCGAUGCUCAGCGCCCUGCUGAGAAGAAUGCCGAGCCUAGAGUCCGCCGAGAUCCAGCAGCUGGUCAACUGCCCCGAGUCCUUCACGCCAGACAUGCGCUGUCUGAUGGGGGAAACGCCGGGGGUGUCAGGCUACUACGUGCUGGCGGGGAUGAACUCCUCCGGACUGGCCUUCGCCGGCGGCGCUGGGAAGUACCUGGCGGAGUGGAUGACCUACGGUUACCCCACCGCCAACGUCUGGCCGCUGGACAUCAAGCGCUUCGGCAACCUGCAGAGCAGCCGCACGUUCCUUCGCCACAGAGUCAUGGAAGUCAUGCCCUUGUUGUAUGAACUGAAGGUACCGCGCUGGGACUUUCAAACGGGGCGCCAGCUGAGGACCAGUCCCCUGUACGACCGUCUGGACACCCAGGGGGCUCGCUGGAUGGAGAAACACGGCUUUGAAAGACCAAAAUACUUUGUUCCUCCGGGCAAAGAUCUCCUGUCUCUGGACCAGAGCAAAACCUUCUACAAGCCUGACUGGUUUGACAUUGUUGGCGCCGAGGUGAAGUGCUGCAAGGAGGCCGUGUGCGUGAUUGACAUGUCGUCCUUCACUAAGUUUGAACUGACGUCGUCCGGCGGCGAGGCCCUGGAGCUGCUGCAGCACCUGUGCGCCAACGACUUGGACGUUCCGGUAGGUCACAUCGUCCACACGGGAAUGCUAAACCAGAGAGGCGGCUACGAGAACGACUGUAGCGUGGUGCGCAUCAGCAAGAACAGCUUCUUCAUCAUCUCCCCGACCGACCAGCAGGUCCACUGUUGGUCCUGGAUCAAGAAACACAUGCCAAGCGACCCACAGCUCCACCUGGAGGACGUCAGCUGGAAGUACACGGCUUUGAAUCUGAUCGGACCUCGUGCCAUGGAUGUCCUGGCGGAGCUCUCUUACGUCUCCAUGACGCCCGACCACUUUCCAUCCAUGUUCUGCAAGGAAAUGAGCGUCGGCUACGCUAACGGGAUCCGCGUGAUGAGCAUGACUCACACAGGAGAGCCGGGCUUCAUGCUCUACAUCCCCAUCGAGUAUGCGCUGCACGUGUACAACGAGGUCAUGUCGGUGGGGCAGAAGUACGGCAUCCGCAACGCCGGCUACUACGCACUACGCAGCCUCCGCAUCGAAAAGUUCUUUGCAUUCUGGGGCCAGGACUUGGACACCUUCACCACCCCGCUGGAGUGCGGGCGGGAGUUCCGGGUCAAGUUUGAUAAAGACACAAACUUCAUCGGCCGUGAUGCUCUGCUGCAGCAGCGCCACGACGGCGUCUCUCGCCGCUUCGUCAUGCUGGUCCUGGAGGACCACGACACUGAGCUAGACCUGUGGCCCUGGUGGGGGGAACCCAUCUACUGCAACGGCCAGCUAGCGGGCGCCACCACCAGCAGCGCUUACAGCUACACGCUGGAGCGCCACGUCUGCCUGGGUUUUGUUUCGCCGCCGCCGGGCCCCGACGGCCUCCCCGCCGCUAUCACACCGGACUUCAUAAACCGCGGCGACUACGAGGUGGACAUCGCCGGUCAGCGCUAUCCGGCUAAAGCCAAACUCUACCCGUUUAGCUCGCUUCUCACGCAGCAGAAGAGGCGCAAGGAGGACCUGGAGCUCAGUAACCUUCAGGGGAAGUGAUGUCCGUGACGUCCUCCUCGCGUGUGCGCUCCUGCUCCGUGUUUUUCACGUCCUCCAAAGUGCAAUACUCCACACGUGUGGAGUUUAGAAAGUGCCUUUGCGAAGGCAGCGUACGCCGAUGCUGGAAAACAGGAAGUGACUCGAAAAUGAAGAAGCUGUUUGCCCGUCGCUCCUUUUGUUGUUUUCAGCGUGACUCAUUCAAAACCCUAUUCAAAACCCCAUUCAAAAUUUGAUGCGUUUUAGACGAGCGGAAAGAGUAUUAAGACCAACGCUGCAAAGACCAUCAUAGUAAAGCACAAGAACAAAUUGAUACUGUUAAUAUUACAGCACUUUUCCCCGCUCAUAUUACUACUUUAUUUUACAAUUAUUUACUUCCUGUUGGAUACUAUGGAAUAUUACAGCUAAUACAACACCUCUCUUGAAUAAUGACAAAAAGUAAUUUGUUUUACUUAUUACACUUUUGUGUGACAUUAUCAUCCAAGUUAUUUCUGUAAUACAGUAAACCUCAGAUAUAUCGGAUUCAAUUGUUCCCACUGGUUUUGUCCGAUAUAAGCGAAAUCCGUGAUAUGCGUAUACCGGAAAAUGUCCGUUUUACGCAUAUAUCGGAUUUAUAUCCGGUAUAUGUGUAAAUCGGAUUUUAUCCGUUAUAAAAAGGCACUUCCUUGACUAUGUUUCCAAUGUACCUGGACGCGCAGGCAACGCUGCAAAUGACAUUGUAUAGCGCCCUGUCACGAUUCGGCGAAUCGGAGCGCCACGAUGCGGCCAUCCGAUAUAUGCGAGGGAAAUUUAAUGGAAAUGCAUUGGAACGGGACUGGAGAUUUUGUCCGAAAUAGGCGAAAUCUGUUAUAAAAAAUCCGAUAUAUGCAAUGAAUUUUUAUUGGAAAUGCAUUACAGAAAAAUUGGUUCUUUUUUAUCUGUCCGUUGUGAGCGAAUUUCCGAUAUAUCCGAGUCCGAUAUAUCCGAGGUUUACUGUACAUCAUGUGUGUCGGCAUGGCGGUUGAGUGGUUAGCGCGCAGACCUCACAGCUAGGACACCAGGGUUCAAUUCCACCCUCGGCCAUCUCUGUGUGGAGUUUGCAUGUUCUCCCCCGUGCAUGCGUGGGUUUUCUCCCACAUUCCUAAAACAUGCUUUUAAUUAGCGACUCCAAAUUGUCCAUAGGUAUGAAUGUGAGUGUGAAUGGUUGUUUGUCUAUAUGUGCCCUGUGAUUGGCUGGCGACCAGUCCAGGGUGUAUACCCCGCCUCUCGCCCGAAGACAGCUGGGAUAGGCUCCAGUGUGUGGUCAUAAAACAUAACCUAUAAAAACAUAACCUAUAUAAAACAAACCUUCAAAACACAGAUGUAAUAUGAGUCGGGAAAAGAACACCUCACUUUGUUUUUUUGUUUUAUUUUUCAAUGGCGUACUAUUCUCCUAAAAUGUAAGAAUAAUGAAGGUGAUCGUUGUUGAUCGUGGCCUUAAUUAUUGCUGUCAAUCUCCCAGCGGAGAGAUUAAGUGAAGAUGGAAACUUUACUGUGAUGUCUUUUCUUGUCACCCCCCCCCCCCCCCCCUCUCGCUCCCCCCCUCCCCUCCAGUGCUCGUCAAGAAAUCCAUGUUGAUCAAGUUUGGCUUUAAUGGCGUGGAUAAAAAGGAAAAAGUGUCUUUUCAUCCUGCUCCAGAAAGAAUAUUUAUUUCUUCGCUCGCUAUGAUCUUGUAUUAAUUUGCACUUUAAUGUUGGAAAGAUGCAAACACGUCGGGACCCACAAAGGACUCCCUGAGUUGCUCUUUUGGUUGAUGCUUGGCUUAUCAAGGGCUUAUCUUCUAUCCACUGUGCGUCUUUAUGGUACACCAAUCAAUUAGACUUCAUAUUGAUCUCCUGUCUGGGCAUGCACACUUGUAAAGAACAUGGUGUCAUGGCUCUCUCGCGAGUUUUUCCAGUUAUUUACAGUUAUACGUGGAAUUUUCCAAAUCUGUCUUUUGAUUUCUCCCACCCACGGCCACUCCGCUGUGAUUGGGCCCACUCAGUUUGUACCCGGGUAUAUUGUCUUAUUGUGUGAGAAAAAAAAUUAUCUGAACCCGAACCCGUCUUUCAUGGCUACACAAACCUCAUUAUCUGAAACUUUGGCAUGGUUCAACGCCAUAAUUCUCCUGCUGGGAGAAGGUCGUCAGGAGGGUAAAGAGUCAACCGAGAACAGCGGUCUACACCCAAGGAUGGAAUCAAACUCGGGUCUGCUAUGCAAUGCAGCCCCCUUGGGAUAUUCAUUCAUUCGUUUUCUACCGCUUUUCCUCACGAGGGUCGUGGGGGUGCUGGAGCCUAUCCCAGCUGUCUUUGGGGUGAGAGGCGGGGUAAACCCUGGACUGAUCGCCAGCCAAUCACAGGGCACAUAUAGACAAACAACCAUUCAGUUAGCCUGCAAAUAACUUAUUCUAAGAUCAAAAAAGUAUUUCAAAAGAAGCAAAA